UCCCCCAUCCCUCCCCCCGCCCCCCAGCCUGGAGCUCAGCGGCUAUGCAGCCAGGAGCGGACAAACCCGAGUUACCCGUGAAGGGGGGGCUGGGGUCCACCGCCAGCGUCAGAGCCGGCGCUGCUCUCCCACCCUACCCGCGUCCCUCAUCUGGCCCCCACGACUAACAGUGGCGCCACUGAACGCGGCCCACCACAGGGCGUGGAAGGGGAGCGGGCGUGAGCUCGAGGGCAAGCAGGGGGGCCGUGAGAAAGGGGCGCUCCCACCAUCCCUCCCAACCCACACCGACCCCGCCUAUGCCGCGGGGCGAGGACCCUAGGAGUAGCCUCUUUUGGCCUUCAACCCAGGACCCAGCCCCCCAAGAUCUGAUUCGACCUGCUGUUAUACCUCUGUGAUCAGAAUCAGGCCUCUUCACUUCUCCAAGCCUCAGCUUUCACAUCUGUAAGCUGGCUAUGAGGAGCUGGGUCUGCACCAUCCACCUAGGUACCUGAGGCUACCCAUAGCACCUAUCUGGUGUUGGUGAGCACCUGGGAACAUGGGCCCAAAGGUGGGGAGAAGUGAGAGCCCUGACUGUGGCCCAUGGGCCUCUGAGGAGGCGUCGUAAGUCCGCCCAGCUCCUCACUUGCUUUGCUCCCACUCAAUGGGAAGGGAACCAAGGCCUUGUCCCGCCAAAAGCCACAGCCUCUCAACAGCAUCAGGAUGGAAGUCAAAGGUCAGCUGAUCAGUUCUCCCACUUUCAAUGCCUCAGCUGCCCUGUUCGGAGAGGCUGCUCCCCAGGUGAAGUCAGAACGUCUGAGGGGACUGCUAGACCGGCAGCGGGCUCUGCAGGAGGCCUUGAGCUUGAAGCUUCAGGAGCUACGCAAAGUGUGCCUCCAAGAGGCGGAGUUAACUGGCCAACUGCCCCCUGAGUGCCCACUGGAGCCUGGUGAACGGCCCCAGUUGGUCCGCCGGCGGCCCCCUGCAGCAAGAGCCUAUCCUCCACCGCCCCCCAACCCAACACACCACUCCUUGUGCCCUGCUGAGGAGCUGGCUCUCGAGGCUCUGGAACGCGAGGUGUCAGUGCAGCAGCAGAUUGCGGCAGCUGCCCGUCGCCUGGCCUUGGCCCCUGAGCUGAGUGCUGAGCAGCGCCGGCGCCGGCGCCAGGUCCAAGCAGAUGCUCUGCGGAGGCUGCAUGAGCUGGAGGAGCAGCUCAGGGACCUCCGAGCCCACCUUGGCCUCCCGGUGCUCCCACUGUCCACAGGGGCAGUUAUCACCGCCCAGGGUGUCUGCCUGGGCACGCGUCUUGCUCAGCUUAGCCAAGAUGAUGUAGUUCUGCACUCGGAGAGCAGCUCCCUCUCAGAGUCUGGGGCUAGCCAUGAUAAUGAGGAACCUCGUGGCUGCUUCCCUCUGGCUGAGCGUCCCUCACCACCCAAGACCUGGGACCAGCUGCGGGCAGUAUCUGGGGGCAGCCCUGAGCGGCGAACACCAUGGAAACCACCCCCAUCAGACCUUUAUGGGGACCUGAAGAGCCGACGGAACUCUGUGGCCAGCCCCACCAGCCCCACACGCUCGCUGCCCAGGAGUGCCUCCAGUUUUGAGGGGCGAAGUGUGCCUGCCACCCCUGUCCUCACCCGGGGCACUGGCCCCCAGCUGUGCAAACCUGAAGGCCUCCAUUCUCGCCAGUGGUCUAGCAGCCAGGACUCCCAGAUGGGCUUUCCCCGGUCGGACCCGGUCUCGGACCGCGCCUCACUCUUUGCAGCUCGCACCCGCCGCAGCAACAGCUCUGAGGCCCUGCUAGUGGACCGCGCAGCUGCAGGGGGAGCUGGCUCCCCACCUGCACCUCUGGUUCCCCCUGCCACUGGUCCCCCCGUCUGCAAGAGCAGUGAGGUGCUGUAUGAGCGCCCCCAGCCGGUCCCUGCCUUCUCCUCCCGCACAGCUGGUCCCCCAGACCCUCCCCGGGCUGCCCGGCCCAGCUCAGCUGCCCCUGCCUCCCGUGGGCCCCCCCGGCUCCCACCUGUGUGUGGGGACUUCCUCUUGGACUAUUCCCUGGACCGGGGCCUGCCCCGCGGUAUUGGUGGGCCAGGCUCAGGGGAGCUGCUGCCUACAGCUGAGGUCCCAGGACCCUUCUCCCGCCGGGAUGGGCUCCUCACCAUGUUCCCAGGCCCACCACCUGUGUAUGUAGCUGACGGCAGCAGCCCCCUCCUUCGCAGCAAAGACCCCCACACCCGUGCCACCCGCACCAAGCCGUGUGGCCUGCCCCUGGAGGCUGCAGAGGGCCCAGAGGCGCAUCCAAACCCUCUGCUAUGGAUGCCUCCACCCACCCGUAUCCCUCCAGCUGGUGAGCGCAGUGGCCACAAGAGCCUUGCCCUGGAGGGGCUUCGGGACUGGUACAUCCGGAACUCGGGAGUGGCUGCGGUGCCCCAGCGUCGGCCAGUGUUCUCCCACAUAGGCCCACAACACCCACCCUUCCUCCAUUCCCGCUGCUAUGAGGUGGGCCAGGCGCUGUAUGGGACCCCCAACCAGGCACCCCUCCCGCACUCGAGGAGUUUCACGGCGCCCCCUGUCUCCAGCAGAUACUACGUGGACUUCCUGUACCCCCCGGAGCUGAGCGCUCGGUUAAGUGACCUGACGCUAGAGGGGGAGCAGUCCUCCAGUUCUGACCCUCAGACCCCGGGGACACUGGUCUGAACCCUUCUGACAUGCCCCUUGUUGGCCUGGGCAUGACUCCAGUCUGGAGAGCACACAGCUGACCUCGCUGAGUCCUGGGGUGUGGUUGCUCUUGGUCCUGGUCGGGGAAGCGCCAACCUGAUCUUUCAAUACCCCUGGCUCCCCGUAGGCCCAUGAAAGUGUUUGAUGCCCUGCUUCUCCUCUUGUACUGUGUUGGGUACUGGGGGCCCUCACAGUCUGAAAGAGGGGGAUGGUGUAGUAGGGGCUCCAAGCCUCCUCCAUUUCUGUUUACGAUCGUGAUUUAGGUUUUCACUGUCUUUCUCCAACACUAGACGUUUUAUAAAAGGGAAACUGUGAUCUCAUCUGGUUGGGUUCAUUCCUGUCCUAUGCCCAGCCUGUUCCAUUCAGGAACCCCCUCCACAAAGUGGACCAUAUAGAGUUGCAGGGCCCUGUUUGGGGCAGCUAGGGGCUCUAAUGUGAACAGAACUCCCUGUGCCCCCACCCCCCAGGGCACUUGUUGGGGAGUUAAGCUCUCUGCCUACAUUUGGAAGGACUAAAAUCUGGGUGGGGGGCUUGGGUUCAUUUUCCCACUCCAGAGGUACCAGAAGGAGUCCCUAUCUGCCUGUCUGUGCCCACUUCCUCUGCUUCCAGGGUGAGAUGGCCCAGCCUUUGGCGGCAGCCUCUUCCCUGACUAUCUCUACUCUGGAGGCUCUGCAGGAGGGCCCAAGGACAGAGCCCUUGGGGCGUGUUGUGUCCUGGAUGCUGCUGUGGUGGAACUUGGUAGAUGCCAGUAAAAUCCUCAGGUGACGCCUGGCCGCAGGCUGCGUCACGUCUUCCUUGGCUUUCCUUCCAUCCACCACUUUUUAAACAAAUCUACACAAGCUGUGUUUUCUAUACCCGUUUAUGACUUUCUGGAACUGGAGGGUCCCCAUACCCCCUUAACCUGGUGUUAAACUUUUCUUUUGUACCAACGAACCUGGGGCCCAACACACUACCCACACUGGAAGGGGAUUUCUAGAAUAAAUGUGUAAACUGAA